AUGUACAAGACCACUUUCGAGUGCGCCCAGGCAACAAGAACUUAUAAUACAGUCACUCGACAAGGUGAGUUGACACAGACUACAUGUAUUACUCUGAUAUCCCUGAGACGAGGGCUUCAUACUGAAGCCAGUGACUGUAAGCCCAAGGUGUACAUCUCCGUCAAGAAGAAGGUACAACAAGAAAACACAGAUCUGGAGGACACUGAGGAACAUCACGAGCUUUUGGACGCCUUACUUAUUCAGGCUUCCCAGAGAGGGUUGCCCAGCCCCGCGUUGUACUGGUUUGAGGAGAAGAGGCUCAGUGAAGAAACGUUUUCGGAGAUCGAGCGCUGA